GUCGCCGCCCGCUCGUCCGACUCACACUUGCCUUCGAUAGUGUUUCUACCACCUGCGGAUCAAAACUGAGGCUGUGAAGCUGAAAGUCUGAAAUAAUGAAGUCUCCAUCACUUCUUAUCCAGGUGGCCAUCGUGCUUGGCCUUUGGGCUCUUCAAGGAGUUCUUAGUAAGGAGGAGUCGUGUCCGUCAGGAUGGCUGGAGUUCAAAGACUCUUGUUACUACUACUGCCCCAAGGAUCAGGGUAAGAAAUCGUGGAAUGAAGCCAGAAACCGCUGCGAUGCCAAGGGGGGGCACCUAGUCAUCAUCCGGAGCAUCGAAGAGAGGAAUUGGCUGCAAUCAAAAUAUUCUGGUAAAUCCUGGUGGAUCGGCCUGACGUACAGGGCAGUUGAGAAUGAGUGGAAGUGGAUCGACGAAACUCCUUUGAGCGAAUGCCUAUCGCAUUGGCAUCCAGGAGUGCCUGACAAAUGGGGUGGAGAAGAAAAUUGUGCUGAAAUUUUUUGGAGAAGUGGGUACUGGAAUGACUACAGAUGCCACAUGCGUACAGGCUACAUCUGCAAGCGCUGCCGAGAUAGCGAUGGGAAAAUUUACAACAACAUCAAAGGCACCUGCAACCUCCAAGUGGAUGUGUACCAGGACGUUUCCGAAGUGCUGUUCGAGGAGCGUCUACGGAAAGACCGCGUCAUUGUCAUCCAAGGAAAAGUGAAGUUGAACCCAACCAAGUUUGUCAUCCACCUAUCUUUGGGCCACGGUGAAGACACCCCGUUGCGCAUCGAAGUUGAUUUCACAGAUGGGGACCUUGAGUUGGUGACCCGCAUCGGUAGUCAUGUUGGCGGAAAGUAUGUCAACAAGGUCAUCGAGAAGGACUGCUUCCCCUUCAUAGCCGGAAGCGACUUUGAGAUGACCAUCAAGUGCGGUGUCGACAUAUUCCACUUGACCGUCGGCAAAGACUACGAGGUGAAAUACAUGAACGAUGGCUACAAUCUGGAAGAUAUCUACAGGCUGUUGGUGGAGGGUGACGUAACGGUCACCGCCGUCAGGCUGAUUUGAGGCCGUCGGCGCAGUAAAAUUGGAGGCGCUCCUACCUGUCAUGAUGUUGACACCAUGACGGCUCUUAACGUAAAAUGAACUGUUACGCUUAUUUCUGUUUGACGUUACUUCUAAUGAAUAUUUUAGCUUUUGAUCAAGACUGACUCUGUAAUCCGUCACCUUGUGUAAACAACAGCAUACAUACAAUUUUCAGUUUUCUCAUCUUCUAACCAUUUUUCUUCAAUAAAGGUAUACUUUUAUUCACAAGGACUGUUAAGGUAUACUUUUAUUCACAAGGACUGUUAAUUGAACAUCAUGAAUACAAUGGUGUGCAAAUCUGACCAAAUCCAUAUUCAAUUGAAUAUUAAGCGGCUCCCUGUUAAGACGAACAUAAAGUUGGUUAGUUUUUUUAAAGUUGUUUUAUAUGUAGGAAUAUGUGUUUUAACGAUUUGUUAAGAGCAUUGUAAAAAAAAAAAAAAAAAGUUAACAUUUUAUAGCAUUUAAGCUAGCGGCCAAGAUGAGUUAUUUUAAUUUAUUUUUAAAUGAAAGUGCUAUUCGGCAUAGUUUGGAAACACACACGGGAAUUUUAUUUUUUAUCCGCAUUUAAUGCUCUUUUGAAAGUGCAACAUUAGCAAGCCUUUGUUUACAUCUCCUAAAAAUUAUUCUGCAACGUAUGAAAUGUUCCUAAUCCGAUUACUCGAUAACAAGUUGAUGAAUUAGUCGAUUACUAAAAUAAUAGCUGCAGCCCCGACUAUUUACAUUAGUUGAAUAUUAACUGAGACGGAGCGUGUGUGUAUGACUCGUAUCAUUAUUUACACAUACACACCUUCUCUCAACACAAAAGUCACCAGAGAAAAAAAAAUACCACAGGCUGUGUUAUGAAAAUGUUAUUUUGAACAGAUGUUUACAAUUUAAAAUUCCAGCAGAGCAUUGUAAAAAAGUCAUUGAUGGAGUUAUUUUUUCUGAAGGUUGUCCUACCAAGUAUUACGCUGAGGGUGCCAAUACUUUUGUCUGGCCCCUUUUGGAGUUUUGUGUAAAAUUGUAUUUUUAAAAAAAUCAUUCGGUAACACUUUAUAAUAACUAUCCGUUUUACUAGUUAAUAGAUCAUUAGUAAACUGUUGAUAAAUGUUUAUUGUUGAUUUGUGAAGUAUUUGUUAACAGUUUGUUAAGCAUUUACAGGAUGUUCCAAUAUGGUUGACCUCAUUCUAAAUGCCCAUGCUAGUUCAUGGAUCUUCAUAAAACUACUGUAUAUACACUUUAUGUUGAAGGUCAUAAGUUUUAUUGGUUAAAUAUACAAAAAGUAAAACAAAUUGUUGGUUCUAUGGCAGAUUUUCAUAAAUGUGCAACAUCAGCGCUGCCUGCAAAAUGCCUUAUCAAAAUGCCUUUUGAAGUGAACGGCAUUUCUUAACCUGAAAUGAUAGAAAUGCCAAACAUUACACACAAAAACUUGAAACGUUUCUACACAAACUGUGUUUCAGGUUAAGAACACCCUGUAAAUGCUUAACAAACUGUUAACAAAUACUUCACAAAUCAACAAUAAAUCAUUUAUCAACAGUUUACUAAUGAUCUAUUAAUUAGUAAAACGGAUAGUUAUUAUAAAGUGUUAUCAAUCAUUCUCUUUUGUGUUUUUUAAUAGCAAG